AUGUCGCAGCUCGAUCCGCAGACGGUGGCGGUGCUGCGGCCCGCCAUCAUCCAGAUCCUCGAACAUGCUGACCUCUCGUCCAUCUCGGCCAAAAAGGUCCGCGUCGGCCUCUCGCAGCUGCCGCCGGGGAGGCUGCCACCCAACCUCGACCUCGCAGCGAGCAAAAAGCAGAUCGACGAAGUCAUCCGCGACUGCUUCGACCAGAUGUCGAAGAGUGUCGCACCCCCGCCACAGCCCGAGUCGAAGCCGCCCUCGGCACCGCCAUCCGGCGGCCUCGCGCUACCCGGUCUCGGCGGCGUCCGCGGCGGCCACACGACUCCCAGCAGCAGCCAGGGCGCCGCGCCCGCCGUCAAGAAGGAGGCCGCCGCAGCCCCGGCCGCCUCGACGGCCAACGGCACAAAGACAAAGGCGGCGCCCAAGGCAGCAGCCGAGCCAGCUGCCAAGCCGAAAAAGAAGGCGACAAAGAAGCGCGCGGCGAGCGAGGUGCUCGACGAGGAGGAGGCGGCCAAAAAGAAGCGCGCCGCAAACCCCAACAACCCCUUUAACCGGCCACUCAUCCUCGCGCCCAAGCUGGCAGAGGUCUGCGGCGGCAAUGAGAUGCCGCGGCACGCCGUCGUCAAGAACCUCUGGGUCUACAUCAAGGCCAACAACCUGCAGAACGAGAGCAACAAGCGGCAGAUCCUCUGCGACGCCAAGCUGACCGACAUCUUUGGCAAGAGCACCGUCGACUCCUUUGAGAUGGCCAAGCUGAUCGGCUCCCACCUCAGCAAGAAGGAAGACUGA